AUGUCGUCGCAAGGUGCAAUAUCCCAAUGGGUAUGCAUGCGUCAAGCUCAACGAUUGGGACUAUUUGGCCCACUUUGUGAGCCUCCAGAAGCUCUAGUCACCCUUCUUCAAAACAUGUGGGCCGAUAAUGGAGACGCAAUAUCUAAUCAGUAUGCUGGUACAGCGGCUUUGAAAGGAGACGUGACAAGAAGUGGCGAAAGGCGACUCGCUGGAAUCAUGCGCGAUGGGUACAAUAGCGCUUCUCGGUACUACCUUUCUCAUAUACGCGACUCCAGUCGACAGAAGGCCAUCAAUACGCUUUUGGACUACAAAGAUCAAGGUUCUGAGUCAAUGGCAGACACAGAUUCCGAUUCGGAGGAAGACGAAAAUGUUUGUAGACUGGUAGCCGAAACUGUACAUUUUCUCUUACCUGAAGGAGAAGUUGUUGUUGGAGGUUGGGCCCUGUGUAGCGCACAGCAGAAUGCAGACGCUACCGACACAGUCUUGCUUCUUACAAGAAACAAAUUAUACGUAGCUAUAUACGAUGAUGACUUCGAAAAAUUGGAGGAUGUUAAAAUUGUUCCCCUUGACGAUGUUACUUCUAUAGAGAUAGGUCGAUCAUCUCGAUCAGCUCGGAUUUACAUAAGGCUGACGUGUCUCGAAGAUAGCUGGAUGUGGCGAGCUGGGAGAACUCGGCUGUUCAACAAUGUUGCUAUCCGGCUGAGAUCCAUAGAAGAAGCUGCUGAAUACACGGAAUCCAUCGCUGAACAGAUCAGUGUAACCAUCAAUUUAUGCAUUGGAAAGGACGUUCCUGUCCAACGACUUGAGCGGCUGUCUUUGCCAAGAUCUGGAAAUACUGCCAAAAAAGCUUUGGCAUCAGUGGCUGCCGCGUUCAAAAUGCGUGUACGUCGUCCGCAAGCUUCUGUAGCAAUUCCCACUAGCGUAUCUUUUGUGAACGAAGAGCAAGGACGUGUCGCAAUGAAACCGGAGCCACCUCAACCAACAUUGAUCGAUUUCGAACUAGUCGACACGGAUUAUUCUGCCCAUGAAGCUAUUGCAGAUUUCCGAGAUGACAUGAAUAACCACACGUCAACAAUCCCUACUCCACAGAUCCAUGUUUCGGCAUCCGACAGCUGUCUCGUGGCUGAGGCAAGCCGAUCAGCUCCAUCAUCAGGCGGACUUGUUGGUCGUAUCCGUGGUCUGAAACCAUUCACCCGCUCAAACGAUCCUAACGCGGCUGUGAACAACCCAUUUGAAAGUCUGGCUUCUCUAAUGUCCAAUUCUCGAACUAAUUUUAUUAUGAUUUAG